AUGUCGGUGCGGAACCUCACGGAUAAACACUCGGGAGACAGCUCGAACUCGUAUUCGAGCGAAAACCUCCCACGCUCGCAGCCGGCGUCUGCGCCCCGCAACCCGUUUUCAGACGACGCUGAGGACGACACGUAUGGCUCCUACAGCGCCAGCGACACCUCGCUGAUCCACCACGACGACCCAGCGAAUGAGUCCCGCGACGUGUCUGAUUACAAGGGCUACUAUUCUAAAGGACCGGCCAGCGCGCGCCAGGGUCCCAGAACUGGCAACAGCAGGUCCCAGGGCCAAGCCCAGGCGGCGCCAGCGGCGCUGCCUUCCAGCACAAGCCUCAGCUCCCACAUGGGCAUCUCCAACAACGAUAUCACCGCUCCGCCCGGUUUCGAUCGAUACCCAGUCGUGGGCUCCAGAGUCGCCUCCAUGACUCCCGCAGCAGGCGGCGUCGGGAUCGCUGGGGCCGCUGGAGCCUCAGCUGCCAAUCACCACGGUCACAGCAGCAACAACAACUCCUCCACAUCCAUUACAUCCUCGGACCCUUUCAUUAGCGACCAGGACUUCUCGCCCUUUGGCGGCUACCCAACGUCCUCAUUUCCACUCCAUCUCGACGAGAAAGAAGAUGACGACUAUUUACACAACCCGGACCCAGAAGAAGAGGCUCGGCUCGAUAAGCACCGGUUUGUGCUCGAUUUCAAGAAUAUGGACAAAAAAUCUGCAGGUGGAUACAUAAGUUUCCUGCUACUAUUCCUUGGAGCCAUCGCCGUUUUCGUGAUCCUGCCGGUCCUUACUUUCACUGGUGCUACCGAUCAUACCGCUCCAGAGACCAUAACUUAUCUAUCAUUGUACGAGUAUCCCCAAUUAUCAGCCAUCCGUAAAAACUUGGUGGAUGAUGAUACUCCGGAUUCAGUCAAAAGCUUCAAAGCUAAAGAUGGUUCUACUUGGCCUCUAGUAUUUUCAGAUGAAUUUAACGCCGAAGGUAGAAGUUUCUACGACGGAGACGAUCAAUUCUGGACUGCUGUGGACAUUCAUUACGAUGCUACCCAUGAUUUGGAAUGGUAUUCUCCCGACGCUGUGACUACCGCAAAUGGUACUUUGAAGCUAAGGUUGGACGCGUACAAGAACCACGGCCUAUACUACAGAUCUGGUAUGGUACAAAGUUGGAACAAGAUGUGUUUCACGCAAGGGUAUAUCGAGGCUUCGGCAAAUUUGCCCAAUUACGGGCGUGUAAUGGGUUUAUGGCCCGGUAUGUGGACUAUGGGUAACUUGGCUAGACCUGGUUAUCUAGCAUCCACCGAAGGUUUGUGGCCUUAUUCUUAUUCUUCCUGUGAUGCUGGUAUCACUCCAAAUCAAAGUUCGCCAGAUGGUAUUUCCAUGUUACCUGGUCAGCGAUUGGCUGCGUGCACAUGCGACGGCGAAGACCAUCCAAAUCAAGGUGUUGGUAGAGGUGCCCCCGAAAUCGAUAUCAUCGAAGCCGAAACAGAUACAACAAUCGGUGUUGGUUUGGCCUCUCAGUCGCUGCAAAUCGCCCCAUUCGAUAUCUGGUACAUCCCGGAUUAUGACUUUGUGGAAAUUUACAAUUCCUCAGUUACAGUAAUGAACACUUACUGCGGUGGUCCUUUCCAACAAGCCGUUUCCGCGGUCUCGACUUUAAAUACUACUUGGUACGAGUUCGGUCCCGAUGCAGGUUACUUCCAAUCUUACGGUUUCGAAUACAUGAAUGACGAGGAAAAUGGUUACUUGAGAUGGUUUGUUGGGAAUAACCCAACGUACACAAUUUAUUCCAAAGCCUUACACCCUAACGGUAAUAUUGACUGGAGAUUGCUCAGUAAAGAGCCCAUGUCUGUUAUCAUGAAUUUGGGUCUGUCCACCAAUUGGGCUUACAUUGAUUUCAACUCCAUCUUCUUUCCAGUUACGAUGAGUAUCGAUUAUGUGAGAAUAUAUCAGCCUUCGAACGCUACUAGUAUCAAUUGUGACCCCGAUGAUUAUCCAACUUAUGAUUACAUUCAAGAUCAUUUGAACGCUUACAGUAACCCUAAUCUAACAUCUUGGGAGGCCGCCGGCUAUACUUUCCCCAAAAACACUCUGACAGGGCAAUGUUCGAGCUCAAAGUUCAAAAGCAGUAACUCCUAA